AAACACAAGAAGAAGACUUGUUACUGCUCAUGCGUGAAUGCGUGAGGUGUGAGCGGUUCAAAGACACUGCUCGUCCAGUUUGGUCAACUUAGCGCUAUAUUUUCAAAAAAGCGACUUGCGACUUUAUUUUGGUGUCCCUGAAGAUUUUAGCAGACGCGUUUAUAAUGUUAAGUAACACAGGAAAGCACACUGUGCCGUUAAAAAUUCUUGUUUGAAGGUCACUCAUCACAUUACAUAAGAGCUUUCACUUUCGCUUAUUCAUUCGCCGGACAAUCGGCUUCGUUUUUUUAUAUACUUUUUAAUUUCAUUUUAAUAGACAAUGACUUUGAAAGUGACAAUGAAAAUGUUAACACUCACAGCGUUUGCAUACGUCUUGUCCGGUGUGUCUGGUCCGGUUAUAGAAUCUGUGUUUGUAAAGGAGGGAGAUGCAGUCACACUAAAUACCAAUCAUGAACUAAGCCAGCAAGACAGAGUUAAAUGGUAUUUUAAUGACGUUCUCAUCACUCAAAUCCAAGGAGAUGUCAGUCAGAUCUGUACAGAUGUCCAGUGUUAUGAAAGUAAUGAGAAGUUCAGAGACAGACUAAUUCUGAAUCAUCAAACUGGAUCUCUGACCAUCAUGAACACCAGAAACACAGAUGCUGGCAAUUAUCGGCUAAUGAUCAACAACAGGGACAAGAUUUUUAAUCUUGUGAUCACAUCAAGGGAUUCUGGUGUUGAUACAGACAUGUCUGUGACAGAGGGAGAUGCAGUCACCCUACACACCGAUGUGAAGAUAAAACAACAAGAUCGCGUUAAAUUCUUUUAUAACAGGAUUCGCAUCGCCCAAAUCAGUGGGGAUUUUAUCUGUACAGAUGUUCAGUGUAAUAAAGGGACUGAGGGAUUCACAAACAGACUAAUGCUGGACAAUCAGACUGGAUCUCUGACCAUCAUGAACAUCAACACUGCAGACUCUGGAGAAUAUAAACUAGAGUUCCUCAGAGGCAGCAGUAGCAGCGAGAAGAACUUCAAUAUUACUGUAAUUGGCGUUUCUGAUGCUGAACGAGAAGAAAAGAAGUCAGUGAUGGAGGGCACAUCUGUCACUUUAAAUGCCAGUGUCAUAAAAAAUCCACAUGAUGUGAUAACCUGGACUUUUAAUGACAUUCUCAUUGCUGAUAUCAGUGGAGAUCAGAGUCAGAUCUGCACUGAUGUUCAGUGUAAAGAGAGAUUCACAGACAGACUGGAGCUGGAUCAACAAACUGGAUCGCUGAUCAUCACUAACACAAGAAGUACAGAUGCUGGUGUUUAUAAACUACAGAUCAUCCGCAGUCGAAGUAAAGUCCGUCGCCGUCGCAGCAUCAGUGUCACCAGCAUUUGGAGCUUUAAUGUUUCUGUCAUUGAUUCAGGCCUGUCUGCUGGUGCUUUAUCAGGAAUUCUUGUUGCAGCAUUUUUUCUCUUAGUGGCUGCAGUUUUUACUAUUACUGUGAUUUUCAAAACCUGCAAGACCCAGGCACAGAAUAAGUUAACAGGACAAUGGGUUGUAGAAGAUACUUCUAAUCAGACUGACACAAUGGAUGGAUUCCAUAGGACAUGUUUUAACCAUCAACUGCAGUUUAUAACUCUAAUGGAGGGCUACUACAUGAGCAGCUAUGACAACUGGGCACAGGUUGUAUGUGUCUUUACUUGAAAAUAACUUCUAUAUGCAAUUGAGCCAUGAGUUUUGAAGCAACCAUCAAUUGGAGUGUAUGUGAAGUGAUGUCCAGUCAGAUUCUGCAGAUGAGGUCAAGUACUGAACAACCAUGCACUGGUAAAGCUACUGAAACGGAAAGCCUGUGUUCCAUGCAGAUAAGUUCUCAAAAAACAUACUGACCUUGUCCCAGUAGACUGUCUGCAUGGACUGAAAGACUGGGCUGAAAGUAGACAUUGAUGAGUCCCUCCGCAAUGAUGUAGACAUUGGGACAGAUGAAGUGUACUUAAGACUUGUGACUGAAGGUGUUGUGCUUGAUUCACAUGGGGCUUCUUAGCGUCAACUCUUUCCAUUCACUUUGGAUGUGUGACAUCAAGCAUUGCCCAACCGAAUUGUGGAUCUGAUGCGGCGCUGCUUGCUGCUGAAGUUCAGAACUGCCAAUAGAAGGGUUGACCAAUUAGAUCUGUUUAUGCAAAUAACCAAGCUCAUACAGUAGCCUAUUGCGGUCUAAUUUCAGAAACACCCUCUGUCAAGCGUUGACGCUGAUGCCCUGUGUAAAUGGACUGUUACUUGAGUUCUUCAGCUCUACUCUUAUUUAUUUUUUAUACUUUUAUUUUAAAAAAGCAAAAAAAAAAAAAAGAAAAGAAAAUUGUCUAUGAUUGUUAUUGAGGAACACUGCUUUUUUGAAAAAUUAAAAUUAAAUUAAAUUAAAACUUUUUAUCCUAGCUUAGCAUAGACCAUUGAUCUGGAUUGGGCAAUUAACAUCUCAAAGAAACAUUCACAAAACAGUUUAGAUAAUUUUCUUAUUCUAAACUAAACUCUUUUGUAAUCUGACCGAAAAUGAAAAGUUGCUAUUUUCUAGGCCGAUAUGGCUAGGAACUAUACUCUCAUUCUGGUACAAUAAUCAGAAAACUUUGCCUCUGCAAGUACAAUAAGAUUAUGCAAUGCCUGAAAAUAACCAAUUUAUGCUAAGCUAAGCCAAUAGUGCUCCUGCUUGACCCAGAGGUUGGCUAAAUGUUUAGGGAGUGAGUCUCGAGGACCGAAACUGGAAAAAAAUUAGCCAGUUUACAAAAAAGCUGUGUUCCCUCAAGGCCCUCAUAUACUUCAACUAAGUAAAUAGUAAUAAUAAAGUCAUUUCAAACUAGUUUGGGCCAAAAAAAAAGAUGUUCGGAGCCAUUUCAGAAGUCCAAAACAGAAGACUGACACUACCACAUAAUCUGUCAAGGUCAGAUGUCUGCUAUAAAAACACCAGAGAGCUACUAACACUGACGUUAUUUUUAAAACAUCUGUUUACUAUACUGUAUCUACUGUAAACAAAGAAAAAAGUGCUGUAACCAAACUUGAUUUGAAUGUUGCUCUCACCAGCACAAACAGCAACUGUAUGGUAAAUGCAGUACGGUCUACCAUAAAACCAUAUUUCAGUCUACUUAUUGACUUUAAAUGAAGAGCAAAAAAAGAGCAGAGAAACAACAUCAUCAAGAUUUUUACCAAGUAUUAAUGUAAAAUUACAUCUUUAUAUAAUAUUGACAUCUUGACCACACUACAGAUGAAAAUCUUGCAUCGGAUGAUGGUGUACUUUGUUGCGCUAUGUUUGUAUUUUUUUUGUUUAUUCAUUAUUUUGUUUUUAUCAAAGUUGUAAAGUGUUGUCUGCCUCUUAUUUAAUGUUUUUGUAAUGCCAAACUACAUCAUUUCAUGAGGAUGAAGACCUGAGAGCUGUUAGGUAAGGAUUUCAUCAUUGUCUGUCUGUCUGUCUGUCUGUCUGUCUGUCUGUCUGUCUGUCUGUCUGUCUGUCUGUCUGUCUAUCUAUCUAUCUAUCUAUCUAUCUAUCUAUCUAUCUAUCUCACGUUUUUUAUGUAUUUGUAUUCUAGAACAAAACUGUUGGUUUUGAACCAUGUUUUUGAACAACUACAGACUAGAGUUUACUACAAAAGAAGUAUGUUUGCUCCAGUUUUAAAUGUCAUUUGGUUUGUAAGUGAAUGGAAAAAUAUUGCUAGUUCUGCCUUCUCGCUCAGGUUUCUCUGGAUAAACGGGAUAAAAAAAGCAAAUCUUCUACCUGCUCAACAGAUCUUGGAUUAUGAAUACCUAAGAGCUGUAAAGGAUCAUUACUGCUCUUUGACUGAAAUCAUCAUGUUCAGCCAUCUCUCAUGUUCUUGGAGAACUACAGACUGAAGUUUACUACAAGUAUGAAUUUCCUGCCUGCUCAACAGAUCUGUGAACUUUCUGCAUCAAGCAACAGCAAGGAUUUUAGGGUGUCAUCAUGGUGCUUUCUUGCAUACAAGGACAUUUCUUCGGUGUGUUCCAAAUAUAUACAGUAUGAGGGCAAUUCAAAGUUUCAGAACACACCCACUCAUUGGGUAAUCACCAUGGACAGGGGUCACUAAAAUUGUUUCUGGAGGGCCUAUAGGACUACUACCUCUAGAGCUGCAUUCCAUUCUAUUUUUAUAUGCCUUCACUACCCUCCUUUAGAUGCGUGCCAAUUAUUACAUCACAUAAGAGUCCACGACUGGUGAAACGUCUGAAUAGUUUUAAAUGUAAUGUACUAAACCCUUGAGCACUUUGGAACUAAAGUGUUGUUGCUUUCUGAGAUAUAUUGGUGCUGGAGUGGACAUAUGAAGCAGACUCGCUCCUAUAAUCAAAAUCAAGGAAUGGAGGGUUCUUCAAUGUAAGCAUUCCUCGUUCACUUUAGGAAGUGAAACACUUCAAAAUGGUGUUCCCUGUGGAAACAAGUAAAGGGAAGUUUGCGAGUUUGUUUCUAAAAGUGCACUGGAACACAGCCUUUGUAUACUUGAAACUUCCAGGCAAGUGUGAUGAGGCAGCUAUAAACUCUGCAGGAACACGGCCCUCCAGGUAUGAAGUUGGUGAACCCUGCUCAAAGGUGUUUAGGUGCCAAAACGAACUGCCCCGUGAAGUUUACUUUGAUGAGCUGUUUCAAACUGCCAAGCAUCCCAAUUGGAACUUUGUUUUGUUGGAUUAUGUUCAUAAUUACUUUGAUGCAUUGGAGAUUCAAGCAACACCUUCCCUCAAAGCCCUCAAGUACUUUCUCUUGUUUUUUUUGUUUUUUUUUUUUUUUUCAUUUUCGUUAGGAGGCAUUAGUAUGGAUGUUAAUCCCAUUUAUUUUUUUCUCCUGUUUAAGCUAAUGGGCUAUAUGUACUAGGGUUGGUUCAAUAGAUGAUGCCAAUGUCCAUUGCCGAUGGCCGAUAGACAUCACGAUGCUGAGCCGGCAUCACAAUCCUUUGCCCCACCACAGUUGCAGCAGCAAUCCGCUCUUGAAAAAUACACACUUAUUCCUCAGAUACUGUUGGUUGUUCACCUUUUUUACGAACCAAGUUUUUUGACACCAUUAUAACGACACAGAUCACUCUGCCUAUUCAUGCCUGGAAAAAGUGAUUGACAGGUGGUAAAUUAUGUGUAAUUUAUCUUUAUUUAUGAUUUGGUUAUGGGUAAAACAAAGACCAUGCAUGUCUGUUAGCUAAAACAAUAGAUUACAAAUAAUUAAUUUGUUAUGAAUUAAUUAAUUAUUAAUUCAUAAUUGAUUUGCAGCCUAUGGCAACAAUGCCAUCGUCCACCGCAAUGUUUUACAUUAGACAUUGCACUUAAUUGGUCGACAUCGCCCAACCCUAAUAUGCACAAGGGCUUUUAAUUUUUAGUGAGCCAGCUCAAGCACUUCCGGUGAAUUGUCAUGCCAGUAUAAAAUCACAGCGUUUAUGAUCUGCUUUCACAUACGCCACUGCCUGAUUUGUUUACAAUAUAAUGUGGGCCUCAGACCAAACAAGAAGCACUGAAUUCCAUAGAUCUGCACAAUGUCUUUUGAAAAUGUCUGCUGCUAAACGGUCUUCCAUCUCAUUUUGCACUUGAACAACUUAAUGAAUGUGUUAGUCUAUUUAACUGACUAUAUUUCAAUUGUUAAAACAUUGAUGCUGUUAAAGGAAUCUUAUGAAUCACAUUAACCGUUUACCGGAAGUUUAUCUGUGACAGAACACUUGCUGACUGUGCAUAUAGCCCAUUAGAGACAGUGCCAAUUUUCUUUAACUUUGUUCUGAUUUUUUUAAUAGAUUAGUAAGGGUUUUUUUUCUCUCAUAUUACAAAAUAAAAAAAAAA